UGGAUGAAUGGUAUUUCCUUGGUGACGUAGAAAACCAGGAAGUAGCUGGAAAGUUUUGCUAGCUGCCUAAAUAAUCUAAACAAUGAGUCGGAUAUAUCACAACACAGCACUUGGAAACAAACCUGUGCACAAUGAAAAAAUUGGACAUGUGUGGAAUCCUUCCUCUUUUCAAAGUGGUUCAGGUGUUAUACUGGAGGGACAACUCAUUGAUGUAUCACGCCACGUAAUCACAGACGUACAAAGUAAAAAGGAGCGGUUUAAUGUUUUAUACAUCAAACCUAGUCGAAUCCACAGAAGAAAGUUUGAUGCAAAAGGAGAUGAGAUUGAGCCCAAUUUCAGUGAUACCAAGAAGGUGAACACAGGCUACCUCAUGUCUUCUUACAAGGUGGAAGCCAAAGGAGAAACUGACCGCCUGUCUGAGGAGCAUCUGAGGGACAUUGUCAACAAACCAGAGCUGAUGAGAAUCACUGAAAAACAUUGUCCCAGUCUGGCCUAUGCAUUCUGGAUACCCGAGGCAGAGGCUGAGAAAACUGAACUGGAGAUGGGUCAGACGAUCCGUCUGAAAACCAAAGGAGACGGUCCGUUUAUCUUUUCUUUUGCCAAGAUAGAUGGCGGCACCGUCACCAAGUGCAAUUUUGCUGGAGACGAGGAGGCUGGGGCCUCAUGGACGGAUAAAAUCAUGGCCAGCAAAGCAAGUGGAGAGGGUGCGGCGAAGCCCGAGGAACAGGGAGAGGGGGCGGACGACGAGGAGUGGGAGGACUGAGAAGGACAAACAUGCUGAGAAGUCACAUGACAACAGCAAAAAGGAAAUGGAGCUGAAAUACUGAAGCGACAUUGUUAUGUUACCUGAAAACAUUUUAUGAGAUAAAAGUAUGCCAGUGUUUUGCUAUUCAUGCAUUUUUUUCCAAUUGCCUGUACGUUAUCAGGAGCAAAAUAAUUUGAAACACAGUUAGCAAGUACAACUGUUAAAACAGCUCCUUGAUAAUGUACUAUUCAGAAAUUUAACAAAUCAGGAUUUACAGAAGUCCAUGUAUGCAGGGCACAGUAAGAAUAUAAAUGUAGAUACAUAUAUGGUAGUACAGCAACUCUUUGGCCUCAAGCAAAAAACUGUUAACAGAAGACUGUGAAGUGCCAAGUGCUAUCAGACUUGCUGAUGUCCUUUUGAAUACAAAUCUUCUCAUUCAGUGGCACCAUCACAGUUUUUGAAGUAUGCAUAGCUUCUCAGUGGCACCAUCACAGGUUUUGAAGUAUGCAUAGCUUCUCAGUGGCUUAGGGUGCAGACAAUUUUUACAAUAUAGGAUUAUGAUUAUAUGGUUAAACUGCUGUAUGGUUUAACCACAUUCAUCCUAUUAUGCUUUGUAGUAUAAUCUUGGUUAAAUAUGUAGUUUUUAUACAAAUCUUGAUAAACAAUGAUGUGAUUUUGAAGGUAGAUAAAACAGCAUUGCACAAUA